CUAUAAAGACAUAACACAAGCUCUUUAGUGCAGGAAUCAAAGCUCUUUCUCUCUCUUAGAAAUGGGUUUCUCUCUCACCAAGUCUGAGGUCACAUAUGUGAGGCCUUCUCAGCCUACUCCUCUUAGUCUUCUUGAGCUCUCAGUGCUUGAUACUAGCCCUGCUCUGAGAAACAUGGUGAAAACUAUUCAUGUGUACGAAAAAGGAGGCGAAAUGGCCGCCAAGAUCAUAAAAGAAGCCUUAUCGGAGGCCCUUGUGUACUAUUAUCCUCUGGCUGGAAGAUUGAAGGAUUCUAGUGAUGGAAAGCUUUUAGUUGAUUGCAGCGGAGAAGGCAUCGGUUUUAUAGAAGCGGAGGCGGAGUGCAGGCUCGAGGACCUGAAUUUCUUCGACGGCGAUCAAGCAAUCCCGAAAGAACAGUUGCUGUAUGGAUCUAAGAAUCGGGUAGGAGAAGAGGACCCCUUGCUGGUGAUACAGGUGACCAAGUUCACAUGCGGUGGCUUCGUGAUGGGCCUUGAUUUCUGCCAUACCAUCUGCGAUGGCUUCAGCUCGGCACGCUUCACAAGCACAGUCGCAGAGCUAGCACGUGGUGUGCCCCAUCCAAGUAUCCUGCCAGUAUGGGCCCGUGAAUCCCUAAGGCCCAAACAAAGGCCAUCAAGCAACAACCUAGGCCCACAAGCCGUUCCCCCGCCGCCCCCCGACCCCCCCCCCCAAGACUCCGGCCUCCGCGAGGUCUGUGUCGAUAUUCCGAUAGAAACUAUAGAAAGGCUAAAGCAAAAAUACAUACAGAGCACCGGAGUACCGUGCACCACGUUCGAAGCCAUAGCAGCACAAGUGUGGAGAUACAGAGCACGUGCGAUAGGCAUGAAAGAAAAUGAAGUUGCUGAGCUUGUGUUCCUUGCCAACAUUCGCCCCUUUAUAAAGCCACCCUUGCCUGAGGGCUUCUAUGGAAAUUGCUUUUUUCCUGUGGACAUGUCGGUAAAUGGGGCGACACUCGCACGUGCGGGACUAGACGAUGCCGUGAACUGGAUCAAAGGAGGGAAGGCGAGGCUGCCUGAUGACGUGGCACGGUGGAUGGAGGGCCACGUGGAUGCACUUAUACCGAAGGAUCUUACUUAUCAGACGUUGUUUGUGGUUGAGUGGAGCCGGCUGGGGUUCGAAAACAUUGACUUCGGCUGGGGCCCGCCCGUCCACGUGGCACCUGUUCCUUACUCCCAUGUCAUCCCAGCGUGCAUCUUCGCUUUUCCACGUGUCCCCAAUAAGGGUGUACGGUUGAUGACAUGGUGCGUUAGAGGGGACCACCACGAGGCCUUUGCCAAGUUGAUGAGGAGCUUAGCCAAUGAUUGAGAGAGAAUGGCAAAUAAAUCAACCAAUGUUUGAGAUUGGAUUCAUUUAUCUUAUG